GCUGAACUGACGCUGAAAGUACUAGCGCGCGAAACCGGAAUUUUAUCAAUUUGUUGCUCCUCGAGUGAAUAUUCAAUUGUCAACAUAAUAAUACACACCCAUCAGAUGAACAUCCUUAUUGUAUUGUUUGGAUAGUCUGACUCCGAGGCUCUGCCGGAUGUUCAGUCAAGAAACCUCCAUGAACUUUGUUUUCCUGAGGGAUGCCUGAUCAAACUCCGUUUCCUACAUAUAUGGAGGAUGUCCUACUUCGUCUUAAGAAGCAGCUGCCAUGCCGGGACAAUGAAGUCUCUAUGCUUCUCUCACUUUUUGGGGAGCCACAGCACUAUAGCUACCCAUCAAUUCUAAUCUAUGGUCAUAGAGCAACAGGCAAGACGUUUGUGACACAGACUGUACUACAGGAGUUGAAGCUUCCUCAUGCCUUUGUUUCUAUGGUGGAGUGUUUCACUCCACGCUUGUUGUUCCAGCAAAUACUGAGCCAGCUAAGUUGUCUCUACCCAUCAUUAGAUGAGGAGUUUCACUGUGAAACCUUGAAUGACUUUAUCCGGAUCUUCCGUCAACUCAGUACUAGCAAUGUCUUGGAUCAGCAAACAGUCUAUAUUGUGAUCGACCAAGCUGAAGUCCUGAGAGAGAUGGAUGCCAAUCUUCUACCUGGAUUUCUUCGGCUGCAAGAGCUGGUGGGUGGUAAUAUCACUGUGAUCUUCCUAACUGAAAUUGUAUGGGAAAAAUUCCGGCCAAAUACAGGCUGCUUGGAGCCAAUACUCUUUUAUUUUCCUGAUUACACCAAAGCGGAAUUACAGCAAAUCUUGUGCAAAGACAGGCACCCAGAGUUUUCUGCUGACCUAUAUACCACAUACAUCAACAUAUUGCUGGGUGUCUUCUAUGCUGUCUGUCGAGACUUAUGUGAGCUUAGGCACCUGGCAGCUCUGAACUUUUCCAAAUUCUGUGAGCCCCUGCUUAAAGGAGAAAUUCGAGAAAGUGACACUCACAAGUUGUGGAGAAGCAUAGAACCACACCUGAGGAAGGCUAUGCAGACUGUGUACUUGCGGGAAGUUUCUAGCCUGCAGUGGGAGAUGAUGCAAGAUACAAAGGAAGAGACAGGGCACCUAAAAGGGCUCUCUGCAUACACACAUGUGGAUCUACCAUACUAUUCUAAAUUCCUACUGAUAGCUGCAUAUUUGGCAUCUUUCAAUCCUGCUCGUACUGACAAGCGAUUUUUCCUAAAGCAUCAUGGGAAAAUGAAGAAGAUCACUUUCCUGAAGAAACAUGAAAAGACCAGCAACCACCUCCUGGGACCCAAGCCCUUCCCUCUUGAUCGUUUGCUGGCUAUAUUCUACAGCAUUGUGGACAGCCGUGUUGCUUCGACUGCCAAUAUUUUUUCCCAGAUCUCUUCUUUAGUGACCCUGCAGCUGUUGACUUUAGUGGGACACAGUGACCAACUGGAUAGUCCCAAAUAUAAAUGCACAGUGUCCAUGGACUUCAUAUGUGCCGUUGCCAGGACAGUAAACUUCGACGUAGUCCGAUAUUUGUAUGACUUCCUGUAGCCCUGACAGACAGCUGUUCUGGAGUCAGAUGUCAAGGCCUGCCUCUCUCCUUCAUUGGCUGUACACAUUUGUUACAUAAUAAAGUAAUUUGUCUUCAUUCU